AUGGCUGUAAAUACUUCAAAGACUUGUAUUAUGAGACACCACAGGAAAAGCUCAUCAUUGUCUCUGUUCAAUAUCAUUAUUCGCGCUAGUACUCUUUUGUACCGCUUAGUUUCAAUGGUUUUAGGAUUUCUAUCAUCAGCAUCUCCAGCCGUAAAAUGGCUAGGAUUUGUGUGUGCAGUUUGGGUUCAAGCUGUUGCUGGCAACAAUGACACAUUUUCUAACUAUUCUGAUGCUCUAAAAUCUCUCAUGGUCCUUAAUCAGCUUCAGCUCAACAAUCUUUCCGUAGCUAAAGAUGUUGGCAAGGCUUUUGGCAUCUUGGCUGGUCUAGUUUCAGACAAGUUACCAAUAUCGAUCAUUCUCAUUGUUGGGGCUGUUGAAGGGCUAUUAGGAUAUGGGGCUCAAUGGCCCGUGGUUAGCCAGAAGAUACGUCCCCUUCCAUAUUGGCAGGUAUGCAUAUUUCUUUGCUUGGGAGGCAACAGUACGACGUGCAUGAAUACAGCAAUUCUAGUGACCUGCAUGAGAAACUUCAGAACAAAUCAGGGUCCUGUAUCAGGGAUCUUAAAAGGUUAUUUAGCGCUAAGCACAGCCAUUUUCACAGACCUAUCCGCAGCACUCUUCUCGGCCAAACCCUCUGCUUUUCUUCUUACACUGGCAAUCAUUCCUGCAAUUGUCUGCCUUGUAGCAGCUAUUUUGCUUCGCGAAAUCCCACCUACAGCCAAUGAUGCAAAAGAUCAGUCAGUUAUUUUUCACUUCUUUAAUGUUGUUGCUAUGAUUAUAGCACUUUAUCUAUUAGCCUACGACAUCUCUGGCAGCCAUGGGCAUCUUAUUUCUUCAAUUUUUGCUGCUGGCCUGUUAUUCCUGCUUGCUAUCCCGUUAUUUGUCCCAGUCUACUUCAUCGUUGCAAAACCAACUUCAGUUGUAGAUGUUGAAGGGCCAGCAAGUGAGUUUCUAUUGCCCCAAAAUGAGGAGAGUGGUGCAAUAGUGGAGGAAGCUAAUGAGGAUAAGAAGCAUCAGCCUGUUAUUGGGGAGGAUCACACCAUUGUUGAGGCAAUGCGCACCUCUGAUUCUUGGAUACUGUUCGUAUCAUUCCUUUGUGGAGUGGGGACUGGAAUGUGCGUGCUUAACAACCUUGGACGGAUGGGACAAGCGUUAGGAUACAAUGAUGUCUCCAUUUUCAUUUCUCUCACCAGCAUUUGGGGAUUUUUUGGUCGUAUUAUUUCAGGCAUGGCAUCAGAAUACUGUAUCGAGAAAAAGGCAACACCGAGGCCAAUGUUGAAUGCCGUAUCUCAGAUUCUAAUGGCUGCUGGAUGUGUAGUGAUGGCCGUUGCAUUUCCUGGAUCUCUCUAUAUAGGUUCUAUUUUGGUGGGGAUAUGUUACGGAGUGCGUUUGGCCAUUACGGUUCCGGUUGCAUCAGAGUUAUUUGGGUUAAAAUAUUACGGUCUCUUAUACAACAUUCUGAUGUUGAAUCUCCCUCUUGGUUCUUUCCUCUUCUCUGGCCUUCUUGCUGGUUAUUUGUAUGAUGCUCAGGCUACUACUUCCAUCGAUGGAGUUGGAAACUCUUGCCUUGGGCCACAUUGUUACAGGCUUGUGUUCAUCAUAAUGGCCACCACUUGUGUAUUUGGAUUCGGCUUGGAUAUGUUGCUUGCUCUGAGGACGAAAAAUCUCUAUCUGAAGAUUCAUGAGAUAAAGAAGUUCAAUAAAUAUAAUGCCAGGAGUACCUCGUCAAUGUAAAUGCUAAUUAUUGUGUAUAUGUAUCGCUGAUGCCUCCAAUGGAGUGCCAAUUCUUGGAAUCAAUGUUUAC